UGAAAGGAUCACAAGAGUAAGCAUCUGUCAAUUCAGUACAAAGACGUCAGUGAAAACCGACGGAUGACAGUUAAACAGUGAUGCAUAAGACAGGAUUGGUAAUCUUGCUGCUUCUAGCAUUAUCGACACUUUCAUUGGGUGUCUCCAGGGAAUACCACUACGUAAAUCUAUUGAAAACUUGGACUGAAGCUCAGACUUACUGUAGAGAGAAGUUUGUCGACCUGGCUACCAUAGAGACUGUAGAGGACUGGGCAAGAGUAGGGGAAAUGAUGAAAAGUGCUGACAGACUUGCAUGGAUAGGACUUUAUCAAGGCAUUAACAGUUGGAGGUGGUCCAUUGACAAUACAUAUCUCUACGGUGAUGGCAACACUAAAUUUGGAGAGAGGUUUGUUUUUGUAGCCGACAACUACCAAGGCAAACCGCAAUGUGUGGAAAUAGUUGGAGGCACACUAAAUGGCCGCUUAUGUGAUGUUUUAAAAAACUCAGUGUGCUAUGAUGAGCCCACCAAUAAGUACAUCGCAGUUACGGUUCCUAUGACCUGGUUGGCAGCUCAGAGUUACUGCAGAGUGAAAUACACGGACUUGACCAGCAUGAGAAACCAGCGAGAGAAGGAGGAGAUCAUGAGCGUGAUUGAUCAGUCACACUGGUGGGUUGAUUUGUCCAGAGAUACUUGGACGUGGUCUGACCAGAGGAACUCUUUGCUCAGAAUGUGGGCAUAUGGCGAGCCCAGUGGCGGUUACAUGGAAUAUUGUGCGUGUACUGCUGUGGAAGGAUGGGCUGAUGUUAAUUGUGACCGGAAAAUUCCAUUCAUCUGUUCGGGUCCCGUAAUGAAGCUGUUUAAGGUUGUACUAAAGGUUGAAGGAUCAGUAGACCUGAAUGAUCCCCCAGUCCUGGAAGCUGUUUUGAACUAUAUGGAGAAACAUAUGAGGGACCAUGGGAUCCAUCAGAAGUUCAGAUUGAGAUGGAGGAAGCAACCAAAUGGAAGAAUCUUUAAUAAGGGAGUGGCUGAACUGUACAAAUAACACAGUCUCUGCUUAUACCAUGAAAGCUUUUUAUUUAAGUAAGUACUUAGAUACAUAUUUACACCAAUUAUGUACUUUUUGUGUGUGUGGAGCUUUAAUUACUGUUUGCACUUCUGUUGUUAUAUUGGUACUUCUUACAUAACAGUUCUGUUGUGUCAACCUUAUUAACUCUGUUUUAUAACAUAAAUUGUCAAAUGAUAUUUUAUCACUCUGAAUAACACUGUUACACUGCAUAUGAAUUAGCUGUUAAGAAUACUGAGAAUUGUGUUUUUGCUUAGUCUUAAUGAAUGCAUGGAGGAAGUAGGUUAUUUUUAAAAAAGGAUGGUAGAUCAGUCUAAAUGGUAUCACAGUAGAUUACUGUCACACCAUUUAGACUGUGGCCCAGGAUUAAAUUCUGUUUACGUACACAGAGGCGGUUGCUCAUCUUAAUUGGCCCUUAAAACCAAAACUUCUCAUUUUUUAACUAUUUAUUUCUCUUCAGUUCAACUGAAUGUGACAUAUACACACAACCAGGAUUGGUGCUCAGUGAACAGAAAGAGUGAAGAGGACUAGAGAAAGAUUGUGAAUGAGUUGCAAGUUGUUGUCUGUCUUUUUGUCUGUCUCACUAUAGCAUCGAGUACGAACGCUGCAAAUUUAAUCUCAUUGUGCUUGUGCAAUGACAAUAAAGAUAUUCUAUUCUGUUCUGUUCUAUUCUGUCAACAUUUGGGGAGUUGGGAUUUGCUCCUGGAUAGGCUUAUGUGGAAACAGGCAUUUUCCUCCUUUGCAUUCAAGACAUGACUUAUGGGAAUAUGGAGAUCCAACUGGAAGAACAUUUGGGAAUCUUUAGAAUGCAUGGAGUAUUAAGAGAAGGCAUAAGUGUGGAU